CGCACAGUAACAACUCUCAAGUGAUAAAAUCUGGUUCACUUUGUUGAAUGUAUGAGUUAUAGAAAGAAGUCUAAUCCUAAAGCUACCAACUCUUUCUCAGUCUCAUCCUCAUCAAAAACUCAUUUUCUUAUAUCAGCUCAGUUCAACAUAAUCUCCUUUCAGAAUUAUUUCACCAAACUCUACAACAUCUUCUUUCUCCAAACAACCUUGUAAAAGACUCGAAUGCAUUAAGUGAUAACUGUCAAAUUCAUAUACAAGGAAUAGAAGGACUAAUCAUAGUAAUAAGGAAACAAUUAAGACGAAAGCGUCCAUUAUCAAGGGACCAUGGAUCCAAUUGUCUCUACAGCUACUGAAAGUGCACUUAAUAUUACAGCAAGUUUGGUCAAACGACAAGUGGGUUACUUUUUUAAUUACAAAGACAAAUUUAAAGAGUUGGAAUCUUACAUUGAGAAGUUGGAACAUAAUAAGGAGAGACUACAACAUCAAGUUGAUAGUGCACUAAGGAGUGCAGAAGAAAUUGAAAAGGACGUUCAACGUUGCUUAACCCUCAUGGAUGAUAAGAUAAAAGAAUAUAAAAGUUAUAUUAAUGAUGAAUGUCAUGCAAAGACAAUUUGCUCAAUUGGUUUCUUUCCAAAUAAUUUCCGACUGAGGUAUCAACUGGGUAGAAAAGCUACAAAGAUGGUUGAGGAAAUCAUAGGAAAUGAGCUUUGGAAAACUUCCUUUGACAAUGUUUCGUACCAAGAAUUUCCGUCCAUUGAUGCUACUUUUUCAAACAAUGGUUAUGAAAGCUUUGGAUCAAGAACUAAAACUAUGGAGAUGAUCAUGAAAGCACUGCAAGACUCUACAGUUGGUAUGAUUGGAGUUUAUGGGCCUGGUGGUGUGGGUAAGACCACUUUAGUCAAAGAAAUCGCUAACAAAGCUCGAGAAAAGAAUUUGUUCGAGACAGUCAUCAUAGCAAAUAUUACAGGAAAUCCCGACUUCAAAAUAAUUCAAGAGCAAAUUGCUGGCAUGCUAGGAAUGAAAUUGGAAGAGGAAAGUGAGAUUGCAAGAGUAGAUCGUAUUCGAAAGAGGUUAAAGAAUGAAAAGGAGAACACCCUUAUUAUCCUUGAUGAUCUUUGGGGUGGAGUGGACUUUAAUAAACUCGGGAUUCCAUGUAAUGAUGAUGCAAGCCAACAAGAAGUCAAUGACAUGUCUGAUUUUGGUUCCAACAAUGACAUAUCUGAUUUUGGUUAUUAUAAGACAGAAAUGAAAGAGUUUUCAAAAGUUGAUUUGGAUAAGAUGAGAAAGGAAAAGUUGUCUAAGGAUUAUAGAGGAGGCAAAAUUCUUCUAACAUCUAGAAAUAAACAAGUAUUAUGUAAUGAAAUGGAUGUGCAAGAAAGCUCAAUUUUUUCUGUAGGAGUCCUUGAUGAAAAGGAAUCAGAGACUUUGCUUAAGAAAGUUGCUGGUGUGAAAAAUUCUGAGUUUGAUAGGAAUGCUACUCAAAUUGCGAAAUGGAGUGCUGGGUUUCCAAUAGCCUUAGUUUCCAUAGGAAGGACACUAAAGAAUAAAAGCUUAUCCACAUGGGAAGAUGUCUGUCAACAGAUUAAAAGACAAAAUUUUACAUCAGAAUGGGGAUUUACUGACUUCUCAGUAAAGUUGAGCUAUGAUCAUCUAAAAAAUGAGGAGCUUAAGUGUAUUUUCUUACAGUGUGCAAGAAUGGGAAAUGAUGCUUUGAUUAUGGACUUGGUGAAAUUCUGUGUUGGUUUGAAUUUGCUUCCAGGAGUGCACACAAUUACAGAUGCGAGGAAAAGAGUAAAGGAGAUGAUAAAAGAGCUAGAAGAAUCGAGUUUGUUGGUGAAAAGUUAUUCUAUUGACCGCUUCAACAUGCAUGACAUUGUGCGAGAUGUUGCUCUUUCAAUAUCAUCCAAGGAAAAACAUGUGCUUUAUAUGAAAAAUGCAAUUCUUGAUGAGUGGCCUCACGAAAAUGACUUUGAAAGGUACUCUGCCAUUUUCAUACACUUCUGUGACAUCAAUGAUGAGCUUCCUGAGAGUAUCCAUUGUCCUAGACUUGAAGUCUUACAUAUUGAUAAUCAAAAUGAGUCUUUUCAAAUACCAGAUCAACUUUUUAAAUCUAUGGUUCGACUCAGAGUGUUGGUACUGACUGGUAUUACUUUGUCUUGCUUACCUUCAUCAAUUAAAUGUCUAAAAAAAUUGAGAAUGCUUUGUUUGGAGCGAUGCACUUUAGGAGAGAACCUUUCAAUCAUUGCUGAGUUAAAGAAUAUAAGAAUCCUUACUUUUUCAGGAUCUAAUAUAAAAAAUUUGCCUCUUGAUUUUGGGAAAUUGGAUAAGCUUCAAUUUCUUGACAUAAGCAAUUGCUUAAAACUAAGACAAGUAACUUCCAAUAUCAUACCGAGGAUGGGCAUUUUAGAGGAGUUUUAUAUCAGAGACAACUUGAUUAUAUGGGAGGCUGAAGAGAAUAUGACAAGUGAAAAUGCUAGUCUCUCUGAGUUGAGGCACUUGAAUAAGUUACAAAGUCUAGACAUACACAUCCAUUGUUCUUCCCAUUUUCCCCAGAAUUUGUUUUUUGACAGGUUGAAUAAUUACAAGAUUGUCAUUGGUGAAUUCAACUUGUUUAACUUGCUUAAAGUGGGAGAAUUCAAAGUCCCUGACAAGUAUGAGGAGGUAAAAUUUUUGGCAGUAAACCUAAAAGAAGGUAUUGAUAUUCAUUCAGAAAAAUGGAUUAAAAUGUUGUUCAAAAGUGUUGAACAUUUGCUGUUGGGAGAACUCAAUGAUGUUGAAGAUAUUUUCUACGAAUUAAAUGUUGAAGGAUUUCCAAAUUUGAAACAUUUAUCCAUUGUACACAAUUUUGGCAUUAAGUAUAUUAUCAAUCCAACGGAGCGGUUUCACUCUUUUGUCGCCUUUCCGAAAUUAGAGUCCAUAUGGCUUUACAAAUUGUAUAAUUUGGAAAUAAUUUGUGACAAUCAGCUUAUCAAGACCUCUUUCCAUAAUUUAAAGGUCAUCAAGAUUCAAACAUGCAUUAAAUUGGUAAACCUUUUCCUAGUUUCUAUGGUUAGACUCCUCACUAUGCUUGAAACAAUUGAAGUGUGUGAUUGUGAUUCUUUGAAGGAGAUAGUUUCAAACGAAAGUCAAACUCAUACUAUCAGGAAUGAUAAGAUUGAGUUUCCCCGGUUACGACUUUUAAUAUUGAAGUAUCUACCAACAUUUAUUUGUUUAUAUAAUGUUGAUAAGAUUCGUGGUAGUGCACACCCGAUGCAAGACCAAGUAAUCCAACAAAGGAACAAAGAUAUUGUUGUUGAUGAUGAUCACAGGGUCACCAAUUCUUGUCUUCCACUCUUCAAUGAAAAGGUCUCAACUCCCAAAUUAGAAUGGUUGGAAUUAUCCUCCAUCAACAUCCAUAAGAUAUGGAGUGACCAAUGUAACCAUUUUUUCCAAAAUUUGCUUACAUUGAAUGUGACAGAUUGUGGUAAUUUAAAGUAUUUACUAUCAUUCUCUAUGGCUGAAAGUUUGGCGAAUCUUCAAAGCAUUUUUGUAAGUGAAUGUGAAAUGAUGGAGGAUAUAUUUCGUCCGGAAGAUGCAGAGUAUAUUGAUGUUUUUCCUAAGUUGAAGAAAAUGGAGAUUAUCUGCAUGGAGAAACUCUCUACCAUUUGGAAAUCUGAUAUUGGUUUACAUUCCUUUAGCAAUUUGAACUCUUUGGUGAUAAGAGAGUGCCAUAAAAUUGUUACAAUUUUUCCUAAUUAUAUGGGGCAAAGAUUGCAAAGCCUUCAAAGCUUGACAGUUAGAGAUUGCGAAUUGGUUGAAAACAUAUUUGAUUUUGCAAAUAUUCGGCACACUUAUGAUAUUAUUGAAGCAAAUUUGGUUAAUAUAUUUCUAGAAAAGCUGCCAAAUUUGGUGAACGUAUGGAAGGGUGACACCGAUGAAAUACUCAAAUGCAAUAAUUUGCAAAGAAUAGAAGUUUAUAAGAGUCCAAAAUUGAAAUAUCUCUUUCCAUUUUGUAUUGCUAAUGACCUACAAAAACUAGAAGUCCUUGAGGUAUGGUAUUGUUGGGCAAUGACAGAGAUUAUUGGUUUGGACAUACAUUCAAGUGAAACUCCUAUCACCUUUAAAUUUCCUCAUCUAAACACUCUAUCGUUAAUAGACUUACAUGAAUUGAGGAGUUUCUACUCAGGAAUUCAUACUUUAGAGUGGCCACCAUUAAAGAUAUUGGAAAUAGUUGACUGUAGCAUGCUCGAAGGAUUGACUUCAGAAAUCACAAAUUCAAAAGAACAACCAAUUGUUUUAGCUACAAAAAAGGCAAUAUAUAACGUGGAAAACAUGUCGGUGAGCUUGAAGGAAGCAGAGUGGUUGCAGAAAUACAUUGUUAAUGUUUAUAGAAUGCAUAAACUAGAAGAACUUACCUUGUAUAGAUUGAAGAAUAAUAAAAUUCUCUUUUGGUUUCUUCAUAGACUUCCCAAUUUGAAAAGUCUAAGACUGGGACUUUGUCACAUGAAAAGAAUUUGGACUCCUGAAAGUCUUAGUUCACGUGGAAAAAUAGGUGGUGUUAUCCAACUUAAAGAGUUAGGAUUAUAUAACAUGUUGUCUUUAGAGGACAUUGGUUUUGAUCAUGAUGUGCUUCUUCAAAGGGUAGAACGUUUAAUCAUCAGUGGAUGCAAAAAAUUGACAAAUUUAGCAUCAUCGAGGGUAUCUUUUAGUAACUUAACAUCCUUAAAAGUGGUGAACUGUAUGAUGAGGAAUUUAAUGACACUCUCAACUGCUAAAACUUUGGUUCAACUCACAACGUUGAAGGUAUGCUCCUGCCCAAUGAUUGUGGAAAUCGUUGCAGAAAAUGAAGAGGAAAAAGUACAACAGGUUGAAUUUAAACAAUUAAAAUCAUUAAAAUUGGUGUCUUUACAAAAUCUCACAAGUUUCUCUAGUGUUGAGAAGUGUAACUUAAAAUUCCCACUACUAGAAAAAUUAGUAGUAAGUGAAUGCCCUCAAAUGACAAAACUAUCUAAAGUCCAAAGUGCUCCAAACCUACAAAAAGUACAUGUUGAAGAAGGAGAUAAAGACAAAUGGUAUUGGGAAGGUGAUUUGAAUGCCACUCUACAAACACAUUUCACAGACCAGGUUUCUUUUGAAUAUUCAAAGGAUAUAAAUCUUGUUGAUUAUCCCGAGAGGAAAGUUCGACAUGGCAAAUUUUCCUUUCCGGACAAUUUCUUUGGAUGUUUGAAGAAAUUGGAAUUUGAUGAAGCAUGUAAAAGAGAUACUUUGAUUCCCUCUCAUGUACUACCUUAUUUGAAGAACUUAGAAGAAUUGAAUGUGGAGAAAUGCGAAUCAGCACAACUUAUAUUUGACGUAGACGAGAGUGAAAUCCAGAUGCAUGGAAUGGUGUUUCGUUUGAAAAAGCUUACUUUAAAACACUUGUCAAAUUUAAAAUGUGUAUGGAAGGAAAAUAUCGAAGAAAUUGUCAGCUUUUACAAUUUGGAAAGAGUGCAUGUUGAUGGUUGUGGAAGCCUAGUAACAUUGUUCCCUUUAUCACUUGCCAAACAUCUUGGGAAGUUGAAUACACUUUAUAUAGAGGAGUGUGAGAAAAUGGUAGAAAUAGUUGGAAGAGAAGAUAAAAUGGAACAUGGAACAACAAUUAUGUUUGAAUUCCCUUGUUUGUCAUAUCUAUAUCUUGAAAAGAUGCCACUGUUGAGUUGCUUUUACCCUGGAAAGCAUCAUCUAGAAUGUCCCUUGUUAUAUAUGUUGUGUGUGGAAUGUUGUCCUAAGCUGAAGGUAUUCAGAUCAAACUUUGAUGAUGAUGGUAAAAAAGAAGUUUUAAAGGCUCCAACUAACUUACAACAACCUUUGUUCUCAAUUGAAAAGGUUUUUCCCAAACUGGAGGGACUGGUACUCAAUGAGGAAUACAUUAAGCUUAUGACUGAUGCACGUUUGCCACAAGACCUUCUUUGUAAAUUAAGAAUUCUUACACUAUUCUUUGAGGAUGUUAACAAUGGGAAAGAGAGUUUGCCUUUUGAUUUCUUUCACAAGCUACCCAAUUUAGAAGGGCUUGGAGUACGAAAAUGCUUUGGUCUGAAGGAGAUAUUUCCCUCUCAAAAGCUUCAAGUUCACGACAAAGUACUUGCUGGAUUGAAACGAUUAUAUUUGUCGGAAUUAAGUGAGUUAGAGUGUAUAGGUUUAGAGCACCCGUGGGUACAACCAUACUCCAAAAAGCUUAAAUUAUUAAAUCUUUACAGUUGCCCUCGAGUAGAAAACAUAGUUUUGUGUGCAGUGUCAUUCAUCAAUCUUAAAGAGUUAUGUGUGAAUCUCUGUGAAAAGAUGGAAUAUUUAUUCACAUUUGCAACACUCAAAAGUUUGGUGAAACUGGAGAAUCUAAGCAUAAAGAAGUGUGAAUCAAUCAAAGAAGUUGUGAAAAAGGACGAUGAAGAUGGUUGUGAUGAGAUAGUAUUUGGACGACUCAGAUCAAUUACGCUGAAAUACUUACCGAGGCUAAUAAUCUUUUAUUCAGGCAAUGCCACCUUGCAAUGCUCAUGUUUACAAAAUGUGAUGGUAGUUGAAUGUCCCAAUAUGAAAACUUUCUCUGAAGGAGUCACGAAACUAGCCAUAUUUUCGGGGAUUCAAACAUCCGAUGAUUCUGAUUUCACUUUCUACGUCGAUCUCAACACAACUGUCCAAAGAUUAUUUCAUGAAAAGGAUUUUUUCAACUACUCAAAGUUUAUGAUUCUUCAUGAUUAUCUUGGAAUGAUGCGAGUUCAACACACAAAACCUACUAUAUCAGACCACUUUUUUGGAAGUUUUACGAAGCUGGAAUUUGAUAUAACGUGGAAUAGAUCCUUCGCAAUUCCGUCUCAUAUACUUCCUUACUUGAAGAACUUAAAAGAAUUGAAUGUGCAUAGCUGUGAUGUAGUGCAAGUAAUAUUUGAUACGGAUGAGAUUGAGGUUGAGACAAAGGGAAUAAUCUUUGGUUUGAAAAAGCUUACUUUAAAACACUUGUCAAAUUUAAAAUGCAUAUGGAAAGAAAAUUUACAAGGAAUUGUCAGCUUUUCCAAUUUGAAACAAGUGAAUGUUGACGGUUGUGGAAGCCUAGUAACAGUGUUCCCUUUAUCACUUGCCAAACAUCUUGGGAAGUUGAAGAUACUUGAUAUACAGGAGUGUGAGAAAAUGGUAGAAAUAGUUGGAAGGGAAGAUGAAAUGGAACAUGGAACAACAAUUAUGUUUGAAUUCCCUUGUUUGUCAUAUCUAAAUCUUGAAAAGAUGCCACUGUUGAGUUGCUUUUACCCUAAAAAGCAUGAUCUAGAAUGUCCCUUGUUAGAUCACUUAUAUGUGGAAUGUUGUCCUAAGUUGAAGGUAUUCAGAUCAAGCUUUGAUGAUGAUAGUAAAAAAGAAGUUUUAGAGGCUCCAACUAACUUUUUACAACAACCUUUGUUCUCGAUUGAAAAGGUUUCUCCCAAACUGGAGGGACUGACACUCAAUGAGGAAAGCAUUAAGCUAAUGAGCGAUGCACGUUUGUCACAAGACCUUCUCUGUAAAUUAGAAUCUCUUAUACUAUCCUUUGAGGAUGAUAACAAUGAGAAAGAUAGUUUGCCUUUUGAUUUCUUACACAAGCUACCCAAUUUAGAAUGGCUUACAGUACAGAAAUGCUUUGGUCUGAAGGAGAUAUUUCCCUCUCAAAAGCUUCAAGUUCACGACAAAGUACUUGCUGGAUUGAAACGUUUAUUUUUGUUGGAAUUAAGUGAGUUAGAGUGUAUAGGUUUAGAGCACCCGUGGGUACAACCAUUCAUCAAUCUUACAAAGUUAUCUGUGAAGCUCUGUGAAAAGGUGGAAUAUUUAUUCACAUUCUCAACACUCAAAAGUUUGGUGAAACUUGAGACUGUAAAAAUACAGAAGUGUGACUCAAUCAAAGAAAUUGUGAAAAAAGACGAUGAAGAUGAUUGUGAUGAGAUAGUAUUUAUACGGCUCAGAUCAAUUGAGCUGAAUUCCUUGCCAAAGCUUAUAAGCUUUUAUUCAGGGAAUGCCACUUUGCAAUGCUCAUAUUUGAAAAACGUGAUGGUAGCUGAAUGUCCCAAUAUGAUAACUUUCUCUCAAGGAUUCAUUAAAGUGCCAACCUUUUUGAAGAUUCAAACAUCAAAAGAUUCUGAUUCAACAUUUGACGGCGAUCUUAACACAACGAUCCAAAAGUUGUUUCACAAUCAGGUAAUCCAUGAGUCAUGAUGACAGUAAUGAGCGUUUGGAGUUCUUCUUCCUCUACCAUUUGGUUAGCUGUGAUUUCCGCAUUGCAAUAUCAGAGGCAGAGGGAACAAUGAUGAUACAAGUAUCAUGAACAAAAGUUUAUUCUAAGUCUGUUUUUUAUUGUUUGUAAUGCUUGAAAUACAAAUAAGGUGGACCUACAUGGCCAUUAUUGUAUGGGAUUAAGUUAGUUAUAUUAUGUAUGCAUGUUAGUCCUCAACUUAAAAUACUUUGAAGAUUGAACUUUGUAACAAUGUCAUGCCUGCCACACCUUAAUAACGUGUUUGAAUUGAGACUUUAAGAUCAUCCAUUAUUUACUGCUUUAGGAAUUUGCUACCCCUGUUAUUUUUAAGUUUUAUAUUCUUUGUAUAUUCUGGGGGGCAUGGCUUUGGAAGUGGUGGGCAGGGAUAUAGUUGUAUUUCAUCACACAGAGACGUAUCUCUAUCAGGUUUCAAAUAGACCUGCGUGAGGGUGACUGCGAGUAAAAUGUUAGGAAAAGGCAAUGUACUUAUCAUAAUU